AUGGCAGCCACCCCUGUGGUGCUCAUUCUUGGAGCUGGGCCUAGGAUCGGAGCCGCUGUCGCCGAGAAGUUCGCCAGCUCCGGCUACAAGGUCUCUGUUGUGUCUAGGAAGGGGACUGGCAGCAAGGCCGCCGAAGGGGUUCUCUCUCUCAAGGCAGACUUCACCAAGCCCGACUCGAUCCCAGCACUCUUCAAUGCCGUCAAGACCGAGUUCCACGCCUCUCCCAGUGUCGUCAUCUACAACGCAGCAGCACUCACGCCCCCCUCUGAUAAGGACUCUGUGUUCUCGGUUUCAGCUGAGAGUGUCGCGUCGGAUUUGAAUGUCAACACUAUCAGCCCCUACGUUGCGGCGCAGCAGGCUGUCAGCGGAUGGGAGACGCUGCCCAAAGAGGCCAAGAAGACGUUCAUAUACACCGGAAACAUCAUGAACGUCUGCAUCGUGCCCAUGCCUAUGAUGUUGGAUCUAGGCAUAGGCAAGUCGGCCUCGUCGUUCUGGAUCGGCCUUGCCGACGCGCUGUACUCGGCCCGCGGGAUUCGUUUCUUUUAUGCCGAUGAGCGCCACGGAGAUGGCAAGUUCAAGGGGAUGGCGCUUGACGGCGCUGCUCAUGCCGAGUUCUUUGCACAGUUGGCGGAUCAUGAGGGGAGUGUGCCCAGCCACGCCACGUUCGUGAAGGGCAAGGGCUACGUCGAAUUCAAGUGA